AUGACGCAGAAUCAUCAAGAUCAUCGGUCCAAGGCUUUACACGAGCUGUCAGCUCUAGUUCUGAACAUAAUCAGAUCUCCGCCGCCGCCCCUCGACUUCUCGGAGCAAUCCCCGGCGCGGAGGAGAUCGGCGCAGCAGAUGACUCCGGCGGGAUUCGCGUCGCUGCUUCUGGGGAUCUCCCUGUCCCUGAUGCUGUGUGGAUCGGUGACUUUCUUCAUUGGGUUGGUUUUGAUGCCUUGGGUUCUAGGUCUGGUGAUGCUUCUCUACUUCGUGGGAGUGGUUUCCAGCAUUUCGAUGAUUGGGAGAAGUAUUCUGUGCUGCGCCGAGCAGGAAAGAUGCUGCUCGUAA